GCAACCCAAAAGCACAGCUGUUGUAUUUGGGCUAUAUUCCUCUGCUGAAAACAGGAAAUAUUUUGAAUUCACAGUGAUGGGGCGGGUGAAUAAAGUCUCCCUUCGAUAUUUGAGGAACGAUGGGAAAUUAAACGCCGUGAUCUUCAGCAAUGUGUUGCUGGCUGAUGGGAAGCGCCAUGCAGUCCUCCUCAGGCUAAGCAGCUUGCAACGUGGCUCCAGCAAAGCCGAACUGUAUGUGGACUGUGUGCAGAUGGACUCCAUUCAAGAACUUCCUAAAGCCUUUUCAGGUCUAUUGCAGAGCUCAGAGUCUGUGGAAUUACGAACACUACAGAAAAAAGCACAGGACACUUUGGAGGAGCUGAAAUUAGUAGUAAGAGGGUCAUUGUCCCAGGUGGCAAGCCUGCAAGACUGUUUUCUUCCACAGAAUGAGCCAGCAGUUCAGUAUCCAGGUGUCUCUACAGGUGAUUUUAAUAGGCAGUUAUUAGGUCACAUGAUGCAAAUGAACCAAAUAUUAAGUGAAGUGAAAGAUCUUCUCAGACAACAGGUUAAAGAAACAACCUUUUUGAGGAAUACAAUAGCUGAAUGCCAGGCAUGUGGCCUGGGGACUGGAAGUUUCCCCACUCCACCCCCACCACCCCCUAAGCCCAAAUGUGAAGCCAACACUUGUUUCAGAGGGGUACAAUGCAGAGACACAGCAGAAGGAUUUCAGUGUGGCCCUUGUCCUGAAGGCUUCACUGGAAAUGGAGUUACAUGCACUGAUAUUGAUGAGUGCCGAUACAAUCCAUGCUUCCCAGGAGUGAGAUGUGUGAACACAGUUCCAGGUUUCAGAUGUGAGGGCUGCCCUCCAGGAUACACCGGGCAGGUCAUUCAAGGAGUGGGCAUAAAUGCUGCCAAGAACAAUAAGCAGGUCUGCAUGGACAUAGAUGAAUGUCAAAAAAAUGGAAAUGGAGGAUGCGUCCCAAAUUCUCAGUGUAUAAACACUGUGGGUUCCUACCGCUGUGGAGCGUGCAAACCUGGAUUUACUGGAGACCAGAUCAGGGGAUGCAGGACUGAAAGAAGCUGCAGAAACCGAGCUUUGAACCCAUGCAGUGUCCAUGCACAGUGUACUGAAGCAAGGCAAGGAGACAUCUCAUGUGUUUGUGGCAUUGGCUGGGCUGGCAGUGGCUUUGUGUGUGGAAAAGAUGUCGAUAUUGAUGGCUAUCCUGAUGAAGAACUCCCAUGCUCGUCUGAAAGCUGCAGAAAGGACAACUGCAAGUUCGUUCCAAACUCUGGUCAAGAAGAUGCUGAUGGAGACGGAAUAGGAGAUGCCUGUGAUGAUGAUGCAGAUGGGGAUGGCAUUCCUAAUGAUCAAGAUAACUGUGUCCUGGCUUCCAACGUUAACCAGAGAAACAGUGACCAAGAUAUCUUUGGUGAUGCUUGUGACAAUUGCCGUAUGGUCUUAAAUAAUGACCAACGAGACACAGAUGGAGAUGGCAAAGGAGACGCCUGUGAUGAUGACAUGGAUGGAGAUGGUAUUAAGAAUGUUCUGGACAACUGCCAGAGAGUUCCCAACCGGGAACAGAAAGACAAAGAUAAUGAUGGGGUUGGCGAUGCUUGUGACAGCUGCCCAGAUAUCAGCAACCCUAAUCAGUCAGAUAUUGACAAUGACCUAGUAGGGGAUUCCUGUGACACCAAUCAGGACAGUGAUGGGGAUGGGCACCAGGACAGCACAGACAACUGCCCCACAGUCAUUAACAGCUCCCAGCUAGACACUGAUAAGGACGGGCUGGGGGAUGAAUGUGACGAGGAUGAUGAUAACGAUGGCAUACCAGACCUUGUUCCUCCUGGGCCAGAUAAUUGCCGGCUGGUCCCUAACCCAGGGCAGGAAGAUGACAACAGUGAUGGAGUUGGAGAUAUCUGUGAAUCAGAUUUUGAUCAGGACACAGUGAUUGAUCGGAUUGAUGUUUGUCCUGAGAAUGCAGAGAUCACCCUGACAGAUUUCAGGGCUUAUCAGACUGUUGUCCUGGACCCAGAAGGUGACGCUCAGAUUGAUCCCAACUGGAUGGUUCUGAACCAGGGUAUGGAGAUUGUGCAGACCAUGAACAGUGAUCCUGGACUUGCUGUAGGUUACACCGCUUUCAACGGGGUCGACUUUGAAGGUACUUUCCAUGUGAACACAGUGACAGAUGAUGACUAUGCUGGCUUCAUUUUUGGUUAUCAAGACAGUUCCAGUUUUUAUGUGGUGAUGUGGAAGCAGACGGAGCAGACCUAUUGGCAAGCAACUCCCUUUAGAGCUGUUGCAGAACCUGGAAUCCAACUGAAGGCUGUUAAAUCAAAGACUGGGCCCGGAGAACACCUGAGGAAUUCACUUUGGCACACAGGAGACACUAAUGACCAAGUCAGAUUGCUGUGGAAAGACCCCCGAAAUGUCGGCUGGAAAGAUAAAGUUUCCUAUCGUUGGUUCCUGCAGCACAGACCUCAGGUUGGAUAUAUUAGGUAG